AUGCCGCAAGAGGAGUGGAAGGAGAUCGUGGCGCGGAAACGUACAGAACAGGCCGCGGCUAUUGCACAAUUCCUAGAGUCAGAUCCAACCAGUCAUGACGCACAAGCCGGAUCAGAACUGACGGCAGCCUCAAUCAUUGAGAUCAGCGACGUAGAGACGCUGGUCAGCAAGCUCCAGGAAGGCACCAUUUCUGCCGAAGAUGUCAUCAGGGCAUACAUCAACCGUGCUAUUGUCGUCCACAAAGCAACAAACUGCUUGACUGAGGUCUUCUUGGAAGAUGCAAUCGCGAGAUCUCGAAGUCUGGAUAAGUACUAUAAAACUCACGGCACGGUAAUAGGACCGCUUCACGGUGUUCCAGUUACCCUCAAAGACCAGUUCAACGUCAAAGGUUUCGACACCACUCUCGGUUAUGUUGCGCGAUCGUUCCAUCCGGCUGGGGAGGACGCAGCUAUCGUACAAAUCUUGCUCAAGCUGGGUGCUGUAAUCUUUGCAAAGACCAAUCUUCCCCAAAGUAUAAUGUGGUGUGAGACCGAAAAUCCCUUGUGGGGACUCACUACAUUCCCAGACAAUCCAAAUUUCACUCCUGGAGGAUCUACCGGCGGUGAAGGAGCAUUGAUAUCAAUGCAUGGGUCAUUAAUUGGUUGGGGAACAGACAUUGGUGGCUCAAUAAGAAUACCAAGCCAUAUGAACGGCCUGUAUGGUCUGAAGCCGACGAGUUCUAGACUGCCCUACAUGGGAGUCCCAGUCUCUACGGAAGGCCAAGCACACGUACCCUCUGCAAUUGGGCCCAUGGCAAGAAGUUUGGAUUCUCUCAUAAUAACAAUGAAGUCAGUCAUUGAAGCACAGCCAUGGCUUCUCGAUCCUGGAUGCAUUCCCAUCCCAUGGCAGAAUGAUAUGUUUGAGGAGAUUCAGUCCAGACCGUUGACGAUAGGCAUUAUGGUUGACGACGGAAUGGUCAAAGUCCAUCCACCUAUAGAGCGAGCAUUGAGAGAAGCGGCGGCAAUCUUCGAGAAGGCUGGACACGAAAUCAUCCAAUGGGAGCCGAGUCUUCACAAAGACUGUAUAGCGAUUAUGGACCAAUUCUAUACUGCCGAUGGAGGGGAAGAUAUUCGUCGGGAAGUACAAGCUGGUGGAGAACCCUUCGUACCACACGUCGAAGCCUUGAUCAAUCGUGGCAAACCUAUCUCCGUUUACGAGUACUGGCAGAUCAAUAAACAAAAGAUCGCCGCCCAGCAGGCUUACCACCGCAAGUGGAGUGCAAUUAAAGGCCCGUCAGGCCGCACAGUCGACAUCCUCUUGACCGCUACAAUGCCUCACCCUGCAGUCCCGCACAGAACAUGCCGAUGGGUUGGGUAUACUAAAAUCUGGAAUGUGCUGGACUACCCAGCGAUUUCCAUCCCAUUAACCACGGUAUCUGCAUCCCGAGAUCGACUUCCUGCAGAUCCAUACGAGCCCCUAAACGAAGCAGAUGCAUGGAAUUGGAAGCUUUACGACCCGGAACGCAUGGAUGGAUUUCCUGUCAGUGUGCAGAUUGUUGGUAGAAGGUUUCAAGAAGAAAAAGUGCUGGGUGCGGCGAAAGUACUGGAAACGUUGAGGAGCAGAUGA